AUGAAUUUCAGCUUGGCAGGCAUGAACGCUAUAGAAGAGUAUCCGAACUAUAAUAUGACCAGCUAUUUCUACGAAGAUAAAAACAUGUCAGAUUAUAACGAAGAUCAAAUUUUGUUAGAUUAUUCUCGACGUAUCUCUUUCUCAGUUGUACUCACCAUCUGUUCUAUUGGAGUCCCAUUAAAUGGAAUUGUUAUCUGGCUACUUGGCUUCCAAAUUAAGAGAAACCCUUUCACUGUGUUGAUUCUUAAUUUAGCUAUUGCCGACUUUGGGUUUCUCGUAUUUAUGACUAUAUAUUGCAUUGAAUGUUUGAUACACUUUUUAGGGCCAGGAGUUUUGGGGCUAUUUUUCUUUUGUUUUUUCCAUGUUACAUAUAUCAGUGGUCUAUUUCUUCUGACAGCUAUCAGCGUUGACCGGUGUGUCUGUGUCCUCUUCCCAAUCUGGCAUCACUGUUCCCGGCCAAAAUAUUUGUCCUCUGCUGUCUGUGCCUCCCUCUGGAUCAUCUCUUUCCUCCUGGGUGGAAUUCUGCAACUUGUGGAAUAUGCGUUUGUGUAUGAUAAAAUCUUCACAAAUCUCCAUUUUAUUGUCACUGCUGUUUUUUGCCUUCCGGUGAUAUCAAUCUCUUCUGUGAUCCUGUUCAUCAAAAUAUGUAUUAAAUCCCAACAGAUCAAACGGAGAAGACUUUUAGUGAUGAUCUUAAUUACUUUUCUCUGUUUCAUUAUUCUUACUCUUCCGUUAUAUAUCUAUCUGUUUGUUACUCAUGUUCUUAAUAAGAACUUUUAUAUGUAUUUUUAUGAACUGGAUUUCUACUUAAAUCCGAGUGCUUCCCUCAACAGCAGUGUUAACCCUGUGAUCUAUUUCCUGGUUGGGAGAAAGAGAAGAGCUCGGACAAGGGAGAGCAUCAAGGUCAUUUUCCAAAGAGUCUUCAGAGAAGACUAA